CCUGCGCGGAUCUCUCUUAGCGAGAGCCAGGCAACGAAACCUGAGAGAAACGUCAGAACCAGGAAACUGCUUUUCCCAAACAAGUGCGCAGAAAAAGAGAAAAGAGAAGAAUAGAAGGAGAGAGAGACGCUGAAUUAGAGAAGUGAAGGUUGAAACGCAAGCUGUAGUAAAAUGGCAUCGGGUUCGCCCAUGGUGAAUGGGGACCUCAGUUCACCCCGAGGGUCCCACAGUGCAGCCACGUCCCAUGUGGAGGAGACUCUUCAACAAAUGAACAUCCUCAUCAAGGAGAACAGGGAGCUGAAAGAGGCGCUUAAACAGACUAACCUGUCAAUGAAGGAGAGGUUUGAGGGUCUGACUGUGUGGAAGGAAAAGCAGAAAGAGGAGAGAAGCUUCCUGGAGAGUCGCCUUGAGGAGGCCAGGCAAAGAGUGCAUGCUCUAGACUCUGAAAAUGAGCUACUGAAGAAACGAGUGCAGGAGCUGGAGAGCCAUACUGGUGCAGGGGAGGGAGAAGGUGAUAUGCAGGCCCAGCUGGAGCUGCUGAAGGGUCAGAUUGUGCGUCUGCAGGCGGAGAAGUGUGAUUUGGUGGCUAUGAACUCUGAACUCCAGCUGAAAAUGGGUCAAGGAUCACCAGAAGACUCCUUCAUUGAGAUUCGCAUUGCGGAGGGUGAGAUGAAUGUAACCAAAGACUUGCCUGUUGCAGAGAAAGAUCCCUUUUCUUCCAGCACGGCUAAGAGUGAUAUGGCUGCAUCUCGGCUGGAUUCGGAGGAGCAGACAGUGAGCCAGCUCCUGCAGUCUCUGAGACAGGAGACCCAGCAGAAGGAGCAACUGCAGAUCCAGCUUCAGGCUGCUAUGAAGAGGAUUGCAGAAUUGGAGCUAAAGCUGCCCAUCACUGAGAGCGAGACACAGACAUCCCUGCCCUGCAGCACUGCAGCAGCUGCAGACGCUCAGAGCAAGAACCUUCAGGAGGACAAGGACAAGUCUGCCUCUGAGGUGGAGAAUAUGAAGACUCAGAUGAUGAACUUGUUUAAGGAGCUGCAGCAGGCUCAGAGUAAACUGGAUGAGGCAGAGAACAUGAAGAGGAACCUUCAGGACAGGUGUAAGGAUCAGGAGCAGGACCUGGGCACACUGAGAACUCAGCUGGGCGAGAGACAGCAGAUGCAAGCUGAGAAUGACAGGCUGAAGGUACAGCUGGAGAGCAUGCAGUCCGCCAACAAACUGGAACAAAGGAAAGCUCAGGAUGAGAGGAAUAAUCUGGCACAGCUGAAAGACGCUUACACCAAACUGUUUGAGGAUUAUAACGAACUCAAGGAAGAUAAUAAGAAAAAGGAGGGCUGUGUAUCCCGGGAUGAGUAUGCUGAUCUUCAGGCCAGGCUGGCUGCAGCAGAGCAGGCUCUUGCAGAUAAACAGGAGAGGAUUGAUGUGAUGAAGCAGGAGAUCUUCCAGAAGGAGAAAGAGCUGGAGACGAUAUCUGUGUUCCAGGCUCAGGCGGAAGUGUAUUCCUCAGACUUCUAUGCAGAGCGUGCAGCGCGGGAGAAGAUCCAUGAGGAGAAGGAGCGUCUGGCUGCACAGCUGGAGUUUGUGAAGAAACAGAACACCCAGCUACAGGAAGAGAUGGACUCACUGGGCAGGCAGUCCAUGAGUGAGAUGCAGAGGAGACAUGUGUCUCGUGGAGCGAGUCCAGGAGGUUCCUCACCUCACCAGCUGCAGAGUGGCAGAGUUGAUUGGCAGCAGCAGGUGAACAUCCCGGAGCAUGCCUGUCCAAAGUGUCAGGAAGUCCUGCCGGAUCUGGACUCUCUGCAGAUCCACAUCAUGGACUGCAUCAUCUAAACCUGUUGCCUGGCAACCGCACCAUCCGCCCAAUCAGGAUUAUUCCUUCUGUGUGCUUCAUUCAGCAGGACACGCUGGGUAUAGGACGUGACGAUGCUCCAAACCUCAAAUUAGAUGCUGAAAUCUGAUGUAAUCUCCUUAUAGAGGCUUCUUUCUCUAUUAUUUAUUCUAACCAUGUUCUGCAGGUCUAAUCCGUGGCAUUGGCAUUAAAGCAGAUGGUUUAAGGGUAUAAGGAAACUGAAGAGGGCAGAGAACUGAUCUAUAUUGUGUGGUGAAAUAAUAAUAAAAAAAUAGAUAUUAUAGCUUUAAAACAUGUCUUUUAAUGACAGGAUGAAUGAAGGCUAAUCUAUUGUCUAAGCUUUGGGAGGCUGUUAGUGAUUUCAGACUGUUUAAUACAUAAAAUAAAUAUAAUUAGAGGGGAAAAUGAGUGAUAUAGCCCUGUAUAUGUCUGUAUCUCAGGAGGAAGAUGGUUUUGUUUUUGAUCUAUACUCAGAUUGCCUUUACCGAAAAAUGUUCUGAAUAAGGUGUAGUUUAUACCUAAUGGGAAGGAAAUCUAGUGGUAGCAUAUUUAUGUUAACAUUUAUUAACCUGUUUAUUUUAUACUGGAGUGAAUAUACAGGCGCUUCAGUAUAAACGGGUGGAUUAAGCUUUAAAAAACUAUUUUUUUUUGUAAACAAAGCACUUUAACAAGUUGUGUUUUCAUACUGUUUUAGGCAGGGUAGUGUCUCCUCUUCGCUAACUGACUACUGCUGCAGAGAAGUAGAGGAAAUAUAUAUAUAAGUAUGGAUGGACAGAACUGUGGCUGUACACAUUCAGCUGUGAUUAUAAAUCUGUACAAGCAAAUAAAAUAAAUCUGAAUCAGAA